AUGCACUCGAGCGGCUGUGCCACACGGUGCUGCUGCCGCAGGUGGGGCGCGCAGCCCAAGCUGGUGCCCACGGUGAUUGUGUGGGCCCACGGCGGCAACCACGUGGAGCUGGAGGGCAGCUUCGACUCCUGGACGCAGCGCUACACCAUGCAGCGGUCGGGCAAGGACUUCACGCUGGUCAAGCUGCUGCCGCCGGGCGUCUACCAGUACAAGUUCAUCGUGGACGGCCAGUGGCGGCACGACCCCAACCUGACCUCCAUGUACGACGACAUGGGCAACAUCAACAACGUGCUGGAGGUGCAGGAGUAUGUGCCCGAGAACCUGGAGAGCCUGGUGGGCUUCGACCCGCCGCCCUCCCCGCCCAGCAGGCGAGCCACCCCUCCUCCCGCCACCGAGGACUUCCUCAAGGAGCCGCCCGUCAUGCCGCCGCAGCUGCAGCUGUCGUUGCUCAACGUGCCGCCCGCCAUGGACGCCAUCGCCGCGUUGCCGCGCCCGCAGCACGUCAUCCUCAACCACAUCUACCUGCAGCGCAUGACCACCAGCACGCAGGCCAUGGUGGUGGGCACCACGCACCGGUACCGCUCCAAAUACGUGACCACCGUCAUGUGA